AUGGAAUCAGAAGCUGACAACAAACUCCUCUUCUUAGAUGUCCUGGUCCAGAGACAAGGAAACAGGCUCAACACCAGCGUGUACCGCAAGCCAACCCACCAGUAUAUCUAUUCCUCCUCCUGCCAUUCUAUUCAGGUCAAGAGAGGUGUCAUCGUCACUCUAACCCGACGAGCCAAAAAUAUCUGUUCUACACCCCAAUCUCUUAGUGCCGAGCUGGACCACCUCAGAUAUGUUUUCACCAAAUACAACGAAUACCCUUCCCCCUUUGUCACCCAGACCAUCAACAACACCCUCGACUCAACAACCAAACCGCCCCGACAACAAACAGCCCCCUUCACUAUCAGUCUGCCAUACAUAGGAUCAACUAGCCAUCACAUCCGAAGACUCUUGAAGCAGCAAGCUGACAUUGACGUCACCUUCCAAAGAGGCAACAGCAUCCAGAACCUCUUGCAAGCCACAGGAAGACCAAGGUCGUCCCAGAAGCAAGACCCCUCAGGUGUGGUUUACCACAUAGAAUGUGACUGCGGUGACUCCUAUGUUGGAGAAACAUCAAGGCCACUCACCCUCAGGAUCAAGGAACACCAGGCGUCAGUCAGGAAAAAUUAUUCUAAAUCAGCCAUUGCCGACCACAUCAAAGCCCAUCCUAACCACAACAUCAAAUGGGACAAGACCAGAACCAUAGUAAGGAACCAGUCAGACUACAAAAUCCAAUAA